GUGAAUCCUCUUGCCUCUCCUUUCUUCUCUUCGUCUCGUAUGUCAGCAGCAGGCGAGCAUUAGCGAGAGACUCGGGCAGCUCCCCUUUCGCCCCCCACUUCUCAUUCGGUCCUUCUCAGCUGCACGCCCAAGCACCGCACAUUCCGCACCAUGGCUGCCACGGACGUGGACGUGUUUUCGAAUGAAGAGAAACGCAGCCUCAAUCUGGGCGGCCAUGUUGGAUUCGACAGCCUCCCCGACCAACUGGUCAGCAAAUCGGUCACGCAGGGUUUUUGCUUUAACAUCCUCUGUGUAGGGGAGACGGGCAUCGGCAAGUCGACGCUAAUGAACACGCUCUUCAACACCAUGUUUGAGAAUGAGGAGGCCAGCCACUACCAGAACGGUGUCUACCUGCGUCCGCGGACGUACGACCUGCAGGAGAGCAACGUCCACCUCAAACUCACCAUUGUGGACACCGUCGGCUUCGGCGACCAGAUCAACAAAGACGACAGUUACAAGCCCAUCGUGGACUACAUCGACACUCAGUUUGAAAACUACCUGCAGGAAGAGCUGAAGAUUAAGCGCUCGCUGUUCAACUACCACGACACCAGGAUCCACAUCUGCCUCUACUUCAUCGCCCCGACGGGACACUCGCUUAAGUCCCUGGACCUGGUGACGAUGAAGAAACUAGACAGCAAGGUCAGCAUCAUUCCCAUCAUUGCCAAAGCUGAUACGAUCUCCAAGAGCGAACUCCACAAAUUCAAAAUCAAGAUUAUGAGCGAGCUGGUGAGCAACGGCGUCCAGAUAUAUCAAUUCCCAACAGACGACGAAGCCGUCAGCGAGAUCAACUCCUCCAUGAACGCUCAUCUGCCCUUUGCCGUGGUGGGAAGCGUGGAAGAAGUUAAAGUUGGGAACAAGACGGUGAGGGCCAGACAGUACCCCUGGGGUGUCGUGCAAGUGGAGAACGAGAGCCACUGCGACUUCGUCAAGCUGCGGGAGAUGCUCAUUCGAGUCAACAUGGAGGAUUUGAGGGAGCAGACGCACGCCCGCCACUACGAGCUCUACCGACGCUGCAAGCUGGAAGAGAUGGGCUUUAAAGACACCGAUCCAGACAGCCAGCCCUUCAGUCUUCAGGAGACUUACGAAGCCAAGAGGAAAGAGUUCUUGGGAGACCUGCAGCGUAAAGAGGAAGAAAUGCGACAAAUGUUUGUCAACAAAGUCAAGGAGACGGAAGCAGAGCUGAAAGAGAAAGAGAGAGAGCUUCACGACAAGUUUGAGCAGCUGAAGCGCAUGCACCAGGAGGAGAAGAGGAAAGUGGAGGAGAAGCGGCGGGACCUGGAGGAGGAGAUGAACGCCUUCAACAGGAAGAAGGUCGCCGCCGAGACACUCUCCCUAUCCCAGCCUCUCAAGAAAGACAAGGAUAAGAAAAAUUAAUUUAUGGCCGCCGUUUUCCCCUCCCCACACAUGACCACGGAUUUGUCCUCCAUCACAACAGCAACGACGACGCCAAUACCAUGUUUAUUUGUGUUCUGACAUUCCAUCUUGACAUUGUGCACAUGGACCGAUGAUGAUGAAGCCGUGGUGACGCAUGGUGAGAGUGUUCACUUUGACAACAAUGGCCAUCAUUUAUUCAGGAUUUCCCCCUCUUUGUUAUUAUUAUUAUUUUUGGACACUUUAUAUGAAUAUUUUGUGAUUUCUUUGUUUUUUUUUUGUUUUCUUUUAAUCAACACACCAGAGAUUCAAAUCAACUCGUGAACAGCUUCAGGCUGUUUGGUACUGCAGUGGUAGGUCUUUAACAAUGUAGAGAGGUGUGCUUAUUCUAAUAAUUAUUAUCGUUAUUUUCAUAUUAGUUCAGUGUAUGUGAAUAUUGUGAAAGCUUACUCAACCUACUAUGCAAAAAGGUCUUGGGAGUAUUAUAUUGUAACAAGUCCAUGAGCAAUAUAACAGAAACAUUAUUGUAAACAAUAGAGGAAGGCAGUAGAGACACACACACGCACACACACAUUCAGGAAAACCUCAAAGCCUCAGCUUGCCUAAGAACGAGAGCAGCUGUGUUUACUGUUGUUGGAAAUAAAUGCAAACAUUAAACUUCCCCGCCUUUCC